UUCUAGCAGUCCAGACAUUUUGAGUCAUGACUUCUGUUAAGUGGGUCUUGUAUGUUCUUUUUCUUCAAGCAUGUUUGACAGGGAUAGUAAUGAGUGGGAAGGUGCUGGUCUGGCCUGUAGAACACAGCCACUGGAUGAAUCAGAAAAGCAUCGUGGAGGAGCUGGUUAAUAGAGGUCAUAGCGUUACAGUACUGAUUCAUACUGCAACACAGAGCAUUAACUACAACCAAACAGCCCGCUAUCACUUUGAAGUGUUUGAUGUGCCAUUUACAAAGCAGUCAGCGGUGGACAUAUUGGAUCAGUUUUUAUUUUUCAUGAUGUAUGAGUCAUCGUCUUCACCAUUUAUUCAGACAUUUCUUACAAUUAAAGAAUUUAUUGACAUAGUUACGGCUCAACAAAUGCAGGUGUGUGAUGGCAUCCUCAGGAACACGGCUCUGCUGGAUAAACUCACAAAAUCCAAGUUUGAUGUUCUACUUUCUGACCCAAUGAUGACAUGCAGUGAACUUGUUGCAGAAAGACUUGGGCUCCCCUUCAUCUAUACAUUGAGGUUCUCUUUCGCCAAUACAAUGGAGAGGCUGUGUGGACAGCUACCGGCUCCCCCUUCUUUUGUUCCAGCUAUCACUCUGCAGUACACCGACAGAAUGAACUUUGUGGAGCGACUCAUAAAUCUGGUGUUUAUUCUGUCUCAGAACUUGUUGUUUUUUUUAGUGUCAACUUCAAAAUGGGAUUCAUACUACAGUGAGAUUGCAGGGAGACCAACAACUUUAUGUGAAUCCAUGGGUAAGGCUGACAUGUGGCUGAUAAGAACCUACUGGGAUUUUGAAUAUCCUAGACCAUUUCUUCCAAACUUCCAGUUUGUGGGAGGACUUCACUGUCGGCCGUCAAAGCCAUUACCUGAGGAUAUGGAAAAGGUUGUACAGAGCUCUGGAGAGCAUGGCAUUGUGGUGUUUUCCCUUGGCUCAAUGGUUAAGAAUCUAACCACAGAAAAGGCUAAUUUGAUUGCUUCUGCUCUAGGGCAAAUACCACAGACGGUUCUAUGGAGAUACAGUGGAGAAAAGCCAGAAACCUUGGCUCCGAACACUAGAGUUUAUGACUGGAUUCCUCAAAAUGACCUGCUUGGUCAUCCGAAGACCAAGGCUUUCAUUACCCACGGUGGUACCAAUGGGAUCUAUGAAGCAAUAUACCAUGGCAUCGCAAUGGUUGGUAUUCCUCUGUUUGCUGAUCAGCCGGACAACAUGGUCCACAUGGAGGUGAAGGGGGCUGCUGUGAUAUUGAAUUUCAAUCAAAUGAAAACCCAAGAUUUAGUUGAUGCCCUGAGCAAUGUGAUACAAAAUAAAACAUACAAAGAAAAUGCCAUGAGGUUAUCGAGAAUUCACCAUGAUCAGCCAAUAAAACCACUGGACAGAGCUGUAUUCUGGAUUGAGUUUGUAAUGCGUCACAAAGGAGCCAAGCAUUUAAGAUCUGAAGCCCACAACCUGACUUGGUACCAGUACCACUGUCUGGACGUCAUAGGCUUAUUGCUGGCAUUUAUAAUAGCGAUUAUGUUUAUCAUUGUAAAAUCCUGCAGCUUCUGUUUCCGGAAAUGUUGCAAAAGAUCCGAAAAGAAACGCAAGAAGGAGUAAUUUGUUUUCUUCACUUGAUCAUUGAAUCAGUUCUUAAAAUCUAAAAACUUUGCUAGGACAAUGAUUAUUUUAGUUAUUUGUACAUUUUAGCUAUAAAAGUGCAAGUUUAUGUACUGUAUAUGGGGGAAUUACAUAAUAUAGCAUUUGUUUGAAUGAUUAAAACCAAGCCAACAUGUAACAUACUCCAGUGAUGAAAUAGAAUAAAGUUCAAAAUCUAGAACAUUCAAUUACUGGAUUUGACGAUUGCUUGUGUUUUUUUUUUUUUUUUUUUUUUUUUUUACUUUCUUGGCAAGAUUUUUACUUUAA